AUGGGGCUCUGCGACCCCCGGCGCAAGUGCUGGUGCUUGGGGCCCGGGGAGGGCCAUCGCCAUGGCAGCGCCGGCCAUGCGGUGAGCGGGCCGCCCUCCCGGCUGGUCGCUCCCGUAGCCUCGCUGCCUGCUGGUGGGAACCGUGAGAUUUUGCCCCCGACUGGGCGCCUGCCGAGUGCCUCACCAGCCAGACGAGCACCCUGUAAAGACUGCCAGGCAAUAAUAAAGGUUCUUUUACUGGAAGACCCUAAGGAGGACGACUGUGGCCAGGAUCCCUACAUCAAGCUAUCUCACCCUGAAGGUUACGGGGGCCUCAUUUUUACCAGCCCCAGAGUAGUGGAAGCUGUGGAACUGUGUUUGGAGAAAGACAAUAAAACCGAAGUCUGGAGAAAGUCUCUGAAAGAAAAAUGGAGUGCUAAGUCAGUGUAUGUGGUGGGAAAUGCUACUGCUUCUCUAGUGAAUAAGAUUGGCCUGAAAACAGAAGGAGAAAACUGUGGAAAUGCAGAAAAGCUUGCAGAGUGCAUUUGUUCUAGGGAGUCGUCAGCACUGCCUCUUCUGUUCCCCUGUGGAACCCUCAAAAGAGAAAUCCUGCCAAAAAUGCUCAAGGACAAAGGGAUUCCCGUGGAGAGCUUAACCGUCUACCAGAAGAUCCCACACCCAGGAAUCCAGGGGAACCUCAACAGCUACUAUUCCCAGCAGGGCGUUCCAGCCAGCAUCACGUUUUUCAGUCCCUCUGGCCUGACACACAGUCUCAAGCAUAUUCAAGAGUUAUCUGAUGACAUUGACCAGAUUAAGGGGCGGCUUACAGCACCCCUGGGGGGUCGGGACUGUCUCAGUUGUAUAGACACUGAUGGCCCCUCCCUCCACCCCGGCUGGCACGCUCACUCCGGUCGGUGCCCAGGGACGGAGCAUGGGCAAAAGCACUGGGCUGUCCGGGGCACUGCUCCGGGACACUGUCUGCAGCCCGGGUCCAGCCCUUCAGGAAGGCUCCGUUGGCCCAGCCAGGCCCGUGGUGGUGAGUCCGAGAGCGGAGCUCUCCAGAUGCCGUCUCUCCCGUGA